GGAGAAUAAAUUAUUUUUUUAUCGAAAUAUUACAUCGAUAAAUUCAGCUUAAUUUUCUUCAGAAAGGAAACAUCCAAUUAUUUGCAAAGCCGUAUACUUUGUUGCACGAGGUCUGCAUGAUGGAAGGCUAUUUGCCUCUAAAUAGUAACAGUUCUCUCCCAUUGUUUUCUUUCACAAAUCAAGUAGUAUUUGUUCCAUCAAUUCAACGACGUGUAAAGUUUCACGGACACCGGAAACGCAACAAUUAAAAUAAUUUCGUAAUAUAUUAAUUUUUGCCCAGUUAUUCUGAAUCGCAUUAACGCAAAAACGGAAGAGAAGUAGAUCGUUAUGCUCACGCGAGAUGAUGGUAUGGGAGAACUACAAAACUAUCAGCUCCUGCUGAUUCCUACCAGUUUCCUUUCAAAUCUGGCAUAAGACAAGAUACUCCCAGAGGCACCAGUGCAGCGCGCGCUAUUCGAGACCUUCGGGCGCUCGACAAUGCUCCCAUCUUUUCUUGUGCCUAUGCUCUGUAAUUUGUAUAUCUUUCGAAGAGGAGACAGUCUACUACAUCUGACACUGCUUCCCACUGGUACGUGCUUGUAUUGCUGCCCCAUCCAGUUGAACCAGGACGUCCAAUUUCUGUUGUAUACCAGGCGGAAUCCAACAUAUCCAGAUAUACUGGAUAUUAAUGACGUCACAACGUUGCGGAAGAGUAACUUCAACGUUAAACACCCGACUAUCGUUUACAUUCACGGAUACAGCGAUAGUAGUUUGGGAAAAGGUCCCAUUGCUGUACGAAAUGCCUAUCUUCGUCGUGGGCACUAUAACGUGAUAUUAAUAGACUGGCCUAAACUGGCGGUGUUACCGUGGUACGUAACGGCGGUGAGAAAUGCCAAAGUCGUCGGACCUUACUUAGCGCACAUGAUCACUUGGCUCGACGCGCAGAAAGCUUGUCCUUUAUCCAAAAUUCACGUGAUCGGCUUUAGCUUGGGCGCGGAAGUUGCUGGUUUUAUGGGGAAAGCUCUGGCACCUCGAAAGAUAGGUAGAAUCACCGGAUUGGACCCUGCUUAUCCGUUGUACAUGAAUACCGGAGAGGACGGUCACUUGACGUGGGCCGACGCUUCCUUCGUCGACGUCAUUCAUACCGAUGGCGGUCGCUUUGGAUUUCCUACUCCACUUGGUCACGUCGAUUUUUACCCGAACGGCGGCACGAGGCGACAACCCGGUUGCGAUUUGAGGAGCCUUGUCCGCAUGGGUUUCAGGAGGAUCAUAAAUCAAUAUAUUACCUGCGGACACAACCGAGCCUGGCGUUAUUACGCGGAAUCAGUGGAGAACCCCUGGGGAUUCCCCGCGAGUCGAUGUCCAAAAUGGCGACCUGGGAUUCUAACGAGCUGUGUGUGGAAACCCGAGGCUUACAUGGGUGUCGCGGCCGACUCCAAAUAUCGGGGAAGAUUUUACUUGAGCACAAACUCACGGUCACCGUUCGCCAGGAAUCUGACCGGUCACAAAUUCGGCAAAUGAGGAUCGCCGUGCGAUUAUUUUGAUUUGGAUGAACCAGAUUAAAAAGCAAAACGACUUUCCGUGAUGAUCGCUUCUGUCAGGAUAACUGUUCUGAAUGAAGCUUAGUGAGGAAAUAGAAAAAAAUAUCUUUUUGUAAUUUUUAUGCAAUGUGUUUGUGUGGGAGAAAGUGACGGCAAAUUUCAGUCAUUUUAUGAUCCUCAAAAUUCGAAUCAAAUUGUAUGCCAAGCAAUGCUGUACGAUGGAACAUUAAUCACAGAAAAAUUACAAGUUGGCUCCUCGUAAUUUCAAAACUACCUUAUGCUCAACUUAUAAUUUUUCUGAGAUUAAUAUCCUAUUAUAUUAGCAUUGUUUGAAAUACAAUUUGAUUCGAAAUUUGAUUUCAAAAAUUGCAAAAAAUAGAUCGAACAAAUCCAUAUUUUCGUCAUCACUCUUUGUAUUUCUGCCGCUUUAAUGUUCUCUGUAAACAUUUCGAGGUCUUAAUUAGUUUUAUUUUUCUCUUUGUUGGAUUACUAAGGUGACGACGGAAGUACUUUUUUCCCUAUAACAACAAACAGUUUCGUGAUAGAAUGUGGUUUAGUGUAGCAACACUAUCGAAGCUCGAAUCGAAUUGCGAUAAGUUGUUAAAGGGAAAGCAACUUGUGCCGACUUGUGACUGUUUUAAUACUAAGCACUGCGAUCUCGUGCCAGAUAGCAACGCAUUAUUUACAACAUUUAUCGUUUUGAUUCUAACUUUAAUUGUCAAUGAUACACGAGUAAUAAUCACAUAACAUGACAUUAGUUAUACACCAAUAACGAGUAAAAUAACGAGCGAACGAAAGUUUGCAGUAGUAAAAUGUGACUUGAAAAAUACUUUUACGUCAUGAAUGAUGUGUCGAGAACGAAUCCCGAGUUUCAUGACAACAUACAGAAUUUAACGAUUUAACUUGUACCAUCAACGUUAUACCUUUUGUACAUCUUUUAUGAGCGCGUGAGAAGUUACGUGCAAUCGCUUAGAUAAAUUUGCUAAUAGACUGCAUUAAAAUAUACGUGGAAGUAACGGUUUUACUGAAGCCUUUAAAAAUUCAGUUGGAUCUGAAAAUAAUUUUGUUUUUAUAGUCAUGAAAGUAGUUAAAUAGUCAUCAAAAUAGUUAUGAAGGACGUUCAAGCCUAACGAGCAUUACUGUAAAAAAUUUUCAAGAUUAUUUUCAGAACUGUAGCCAGCUAAAUGUUUAAAUACUUUAGUAAAAUCGUUCUUUCUUUAUAUCUACAAGAACGAUAAUUUUGUACGACAUAAAAGUGUGAGAAGCGUAGAACACGGAAUAAAACAAGUACGCUAAUAAUCGGGAAAACAACCUGCAAUUUUCAUGCAAUUUCGAACGCAUUUUUUGCUUUCGAGAUAUGUAAAUUUCUCAAAGCUAAAGAAUUUUAUUAUUUACCAUUUUCCGAGAUAAUCGAUAAGGAAAUCUCGGGUACCAUAUGUCUCCCUCGAACGAGAAAGAACACAUGCUCGCAUUAAAAAUUACAGGUAACAGCUUGUAGGAAUACAAAUGAAGAACUGGGCGCACGCUGAAAGUUGAAAAUAUUUAGAAGGACUGAACAAGUCGCUUUUUGUACUGCUUUUAUUCUGCGUCAUUCGCGUGCGACGCGAAUUGUGAAACGCCGUGAUACUUUCUACCGCCCGUCUCCUUGCUGUUUUCACGGUUUAUGACUAAAUUAGUAUACCAUGAGUUCGUCUUCGGUAAAAUGUUUCUGAAAAUUCCUUCUAGCUCAUGUAGCAACGUAGUUUUCUCGAAAAACUACGAUACCGCGAAACUCACUCGACUUCGUGAAACUCACCGGCCGAACCUGAAUUUCGAGACAGCUAAACUGCAUGUCACCGAGAAAAUUCCAUCUACCGUUUUUAACCCUUAUUAGAUCAGAAUAACUUUUCUCACUUCUCUGUAUAAAAGUAACUUUCAAGGGAUUUUUCGUGGAAGACUUCUCAAAUUAACGAACUGACGAAGGCAACUAUUCAUUAAAUUGUUUCGGUUGUCAGUUAGUUUCCUUAAAAAAUAAAAAAUCACGCCAACGCCUUUGAAAAAACGCAAACGGAGAAUGUAGAGCAUCGAAAUAUCUACGACGCGACAGUAACACCGAUACGAACUGUAGACACAGACCAAUAUAACAUAAUCAGUGGUCGGAAUGCAAUUUUAAGAUCGAUAGGGUGAUUUAUGUACGGUAGAAACAUUCCCUGACUCAUCUGGAAGAUAGCACCGUGACCUUUCACGAUCGCGUACUGUUCAACUGCGUUAUUCGAUUUCGGAAUACAUUUCACAGACUAAACAAUGAGCAAGUAAAAUCAAACGUGUAGAAAAGAUAAAAGAGUCGACAUGUCGCGCGUUCUCCUUGAAGCGGAGAAGAGGAUUUUCUCUCUCUCUCUCUUUCUCUCUUGAGAGAGAGAGAGAGAGAGAGACGUCAAUGAGAAUCGACAGGGUCGAAAUACGAUAAGUUUUAGAAUCACGAACGCGACAUGGACUCCGUGGGAUCUGGCCGGCGGUCAAUCAACCCGACAUGCACACUGAAAAAUUCAGUACGAAAGGCAGGUCGAUAAGAAUCCAAUGGCCAGGGUUAUAGAUGACCCUAGUCUUGAAAGACCACGUUACGUGGAAAGGUGUAAGGCGGCUUUCGCAGUCUACGCUUCAGCACGUUCGACCGACGCUGGUUCCUCCUCUCUCGAGGAGAGACUCCCUCGAGUAUCGUUACCGGCUAUAUUCUCUCAUGGUUAUACAUAUACAGCGCAUACUAGGUUUCUAUGCACUUCCUUUCAUCCCUGUCAUCUAAAAUUUCCUUGGGUUUAAAAGGUCUCUCCGACAGAACCCAAUUCGCGCCGUUUACUUUCCAGAAGUUAAAUAUUUAUUAAUUUAAUAAUUUUGCGUUGCUCUUUUCCCUAUUACAUAUAUUUUUAUUUCACAUUUUAAUGCUAGAAGUGCUAAAAGGGUUGUCAUUUAUUGACUAUCUCUUUUUUUUAAUUCCUCUAUUUACAUUUUAUACAAUAAUUUUGUUAAUAAUUAAUAUUUUAAAUUGAAAACUAAACAUUUAUCAAUGUGUUGUUCAAUUGAUUCUAAACACAAAUUCAUAAAAUAUUUAUUAUUUAGAAUGUUAUUUAUGAAAAUGUAAUGACACUAUAUAGUGGGUCAAAAAAGAAAUACAAAUGGUUAAUGCAGACUCUGGCAAAAAUAAAUUUUAAAAAUUGAUUUUGUUUAAAAAUAAUGCGUUAACCAAACGAGCUACCUUUUCUUCGAGAAUUGCAAGACGAUUUUUGGAGGAGAAACUCCUUUUCUUCCUUGAUUUAUGAGAUGAUUUACUCAUAUUCGAAGUUUUACUGCCUAA